AUGGGGGCUCAGGCACAACCGGGCUCCCCAGCGCCCACCGGCGAGCACAGGCACCGCGCCAACGGCACCGGGCAGCGGGUGUGCCAGAACACACCGUGCUCCUCCGGCGCCUCUCGCUGCGGCAUGGGGCCGGCGCUCGUUUCCUUCAGUCGUGCUCUCUUACUGCAGGAAACCUCGCACCGAGGGUCCCGGGCCUUCAGGGAGGGGGUUCAAUUUGCCCCUUCAGCGCAGGACGUGGCUUGCGAGAGCCUCUGCCAGAUCCUGGAAGCUUCUGUCAACAUCGGAAGCCGCAGCCUUGACGUGCAGCUGGACCCUCUCCUGGGCACCCUCCACCCCCAGAUUUGUGCUCCUGCAGAUCCAUCUGUCCCCCUGACUGUUAAAAAUCACACCGAGGUUCUUCGAUGCUUCACCGUCCUGGCCUGCUCCUUCCCCGACCGUGUGCUGGCCUUCCUCCUCCCCAAGCUGGAGAGCAGCAACGAGAGGACCCGUGUGGGGACACUCCUCAUCAUGAGGCAGAUCAUCAACAGCGCCCCCUCUCAAAUGGAGAUUAAAAAGCCCUUUAUUCUUUCCUCUAUGAAACUUCCUCUGCAAGACAGCAACAAUAAGGUGAAGCGGGCGGUGGUGCAGGUGAUCAGCGCCAUGGCUCACCACGGCUACCUGGAGCAGCCCGGCGGCGAGGCCAUGCUGGAGUUCCUGGUGCGGCAGUGCGCCCUGCCCUCCGAGCCGCACGUUGUCUCAACGUCACGACGGGGAGACGUGUCCCCUGGGGGUGCUGGCCACUGCCUCCGUGCUGACCUGCGCUUCCCCUCUCCUCCAGCAGCCCAAAAGCAGCCGCUGGAUGCCGAUGACCUCGCGAGUGACUCUGUCCGGAGCAUCAGCGUCAAUACGCUCUUUCUCCUCAGCACCACUGUGGACAGGAUGAACAACGUUGUAUCUUCACAGCCGUACGCAGGAGAGUGCAGGGGGGCGGCUGCCCUGCGGCUGCUGGGUGUGCUGCAUUACAGCAUCCACCCCGCGCUGGACCUGCUUUGGAACAAGAAGGUCCCUCUCCUGGUGGAACACGUGGAAGAGAACACGGAGAGUUCCCUGUGCCAGAAGGAGUGGGAGGAGGAGCUACUGCUGUUCCUCCAGGAGACACUGGCGGCUGUUUCUGACAACACGUGGAUUUGCCAUUUUGUGACGGAGAUGUGCAGGCAGCUGAACAGCUACAACGGCUUCGUGCUGGAGAAGAAUUUCCUGUAUAAAUGCAUUGGGACGACGCUUGGGGCAUGUGCCAGCAAAGACCUCGUGCAAAAGCAUCUCCAGGAGCUCCUGGAAACAGCCCGAUACCACGAGGAGGCAGAACGGGAGGGACUGGCUUCCUGCUUUGGGAUAUGUGCAAUAAAUCACCUAGAGGAAACCCUGGCCAAGCUGGAAGAUUUUGUUAGGUCUGAUGUCUUCAAGAAAUCCGUGGGACUGUUCAGUAUCUUCAAGGAUCGUAGCGACAAUGAAGUGGAGAAAAUCAAGAGCACCCUCAUCCUGUGCUAUGGCUACGUCGCUGUGUACGCACCCAAGGAGCUGGUGCUGUCCAGAAUCGAAGCGGACAUCCUGAAGAACAUCUUCCAGUACUUUAACACCAAGGACCUGACCCUUAAGCUGUGCCUCAUCCGGAGCAUCUGCAUGAUCAGCCAAGCCAUCUACAACGGCGUGAAGUGUGGGGACUUCAUCUUCUCCCGCAAAGCUGAGCUUGUGGCCCAGAUGGUGGAGUUCAUAAAAGCGGAACCGCUGGAGGCGAUGCGGACACCGGUCCGCCAGCGGGCGAUGAUCACCUGCACUUACCUGGUCAUCCUGGAGCCCCACCUGAGCGACCCCGACAGGACGGAGCUGAUGGAUACCUGCCUGGCUGGUGUGCUUGCCCUCCCGCCGCUGGAACCGGGGAGGGAGCGGGAGGAGAGCAGUGAUGCCUUACCCAAGGAGGUGCGGAAGGAGGAAGGUGGCGCAGGAGGGCGGUUGCCCAUGCUGCUUGGUUGCCACGCGAUGCUGUAUGGUGACACCAUCAGUGCCCUUAAAGACCUACUGAAGAGCCUUCUGCAGAGGAACUUGACCCCCCACGGGCUGCAGGACAUGUUUGCGCAUUUAGGCCCCUGGAUCAAGUCGAACAAGGAACACGAGCGGCAGCGAGCGGUGGAGGUCAGCGCUGCCUUGCUGGACUUCUACCUGAGCAAGCUGAACGUCAGCACCGUCAUCCCCUUCUACAACCUUGGCGUCCUGAUCGCGCUCUUCUCCCCGCGCUGCUCAGACUCCCUGGCCAGCGUUCGCCAGCACGCCGUCGACUGCGUCUACUGCCUGCUCUACAUCCAGCUGUGCUACGAAGGAGAGGUCACUCCUCCCCUUCAGCUGGCCCGAGCGCUGGCCCUGGGACGAGCCCAGCGCCUGCCUGCCUUCCGCAGGGAGAGGACGGAGUGUUUCGCCCGGGAUCACAGAGACGAGAUGGUGGAGGGGCUGAAGGCUCUGAAGAAAGGUCUGGAGGAGCCCGACUUCACCGUCCUCUUCCACACCUGCAACAACAUCGCCAUGGUGAUCGGGAAGCGUGUCCCUCCGGACCAGCUGAUGAGCCUCCUGCUCGCCAUGUUCGAGGGGCUGGCGGACCCCGAUAAAAACUGCUCCCGAGCGGCCACGGUCAUGAUCAACUCCCUGCUCAAGGAGCGCGGGGGGGUCCUGCAGGAGAAGGUGCCCGACAUCAUGAGCAUCAUCCACAGCAAGCUGGAGGAGGUGGACGAGGAGCACAUCCGGAAGGCGGCCCAGCAGACCGUUUACAUCCUGGCCUCCCAGCACAAGAGCGUGGUGGUGUCCAGCCUCCUGGGCAGCGCCUUGCCCUUUGACAGCCACACGUGCGCCAUGUGGCGGUCGCUGGCCACCGAGCCGGCCCUCACCUCGCAGAUCCUGGAGCAGCUCCUGGAGAAGGUCAACAGGGACGUCCCGUACAAGGAGAGCAAAGGCUUCCUGCUGGGCAGCGGGGCCGAGCGCAUCGCCACCCCCCUGCCCCUGGCCGCCACAUGUGCUUUGUAUGAGAUCAUGUCUGCUCCGGAGUCUGGGGCAGCAGUGCUGGGACUCUACCCGCCGUUGUUUGUGACUCUCCUGCUGCGCGUCAGCUGCACCGUGGGUGUUCAGCUACCGAAAAACCUGCAGAGCAGGGAGAGGAGGAGCAGCAGCCACGGCCUGGCCCCCCGGAGCCUCCAUCCCUGCAGCGCCAUGGCACGACACGCCGGCCCCCGGCUCCCCCUGAUCGUGAAGAACCUCAUCCCGACGCUGAGCAGCGUCUUCGACAGCCAGAGGAUCACCAGCACUGCCUUCCUCGCCGAGGUGAGCGGGGGGUGGCUGCGGGCUGGCUCAUGGCCCUCCAUCCCUCCGUCCGUCUGUCCGUCCGCGCCCGGGAUGAGGGUUAAGCUGCAGCGGGGCUCUGCCCGUCCUCGGCUUCCCGACCCUCUGGUGGAGGGGAUGGCAGAGAAGCGCCUGCAGGAGUCCAACUCUGAACACAUCACCGCCCUCCUCAGCAGUAACGUGGUGAAUGACCUGAUGCUGCUGGAGACGGUGAUGGAUAACAUGACGGGGAGGCAGAAGGACGCCUGCACCUUGGUGCGGAUGCUGGCGCUGCGCGGGCUCGGCAACAUUGCCUCUGGCUCACCCGAAAAGGUGAGGAAGCACGGGGCCAAGCUCCUGGCCUCCAUGGUCAAUGGCAUGGAUGACAAAGACGACCCCCACAACCUGGUUGCGCUCGAGGCCAUGUCCAGCCUCUCCAAACUCCUGGAUCACGUGGAGGAGAGAGACAUCCAGUCCAUGCUCCUGCACAUUGCCAUCAGGAUCCGGCCCUUCUUCGACAGCGAGCAGCCUGACCUCCGCCAGUCGUCCAUCAUGCUCUUCGGCAACCUGAGCAGGUUCAGCGAAGGCAACUGCGAAGUCUUCUUCGAGCAGAUCCUGAACGGGCUGGUGACGCUGCUGCUGCACCUCCAGGACCCGAAGCCGGAGGUCGUCAAAGCCUGCAAGUUUGCCCUGCGCAUGUGCGGCCCCAGCAUGGGCUGCGAGGGGCUCUGCGACAUGUUCCUCAACCACCUGCGCGAGGAGAGGAGCCUGCACUACGGCGAGUUCAUGAACAACGUCUGCAAACACCUGAUGCAGAGUUACCCUGAGAUGCUGAACCGCCUGAUCCUCACCAACCUCUUCUACUUCAAGAGCAACUGGGUGGACAUCCGAGCCGCCGCGCCCAUGUUCAUCGGCUUCCUCGUGCUGCACGUGGACGAAGAGCACUGUCAGCAAGUGGACCUGGACCAGCUCAUUUCGG